UCAAUGCACGUCAGUCAGAGAACAUGAUGCCUCCUGCAAGUCAACUCGUGUACUCUCGCUAAUAGAGCUGAAAUAUUAUAGCUCUAUUGUAUUGGAAAAGGGAGCCGUGUCACACCACCUAAACUCCUAGACGUACUGAUUCCUUUUUGUCGGACUGUGGAGGGCUGCCAACAACCAAACUGGCCUGCCGAUCGGGAAUUUUACUUUGUCUAUUUUCAAUAGACACAUUCUAGCGGGCGGUUUGUUUUCCCCCGUCCGCCUUAUCUGGGGGCGCGAGUCGCAGGUCCCUAUCUCAUCUGGCCAAGCCUCGCAUUCAGAACAGCAUGGUCAUGGCUGACUGUGUCCAAAAGCCGAUGCUUCGGGGUCCUGUGCGAGUUGGCUUCUACGACAUCGAGCGUACGCUAGGAAAGGGGAAUUUCGCUGUCGUGAAGCUGGCCAGACAUCGCAUUACCAAGACGGAGGUGGCCAUUAAGAUCAUAGACAAGACCCAGCUGGAUGCGGUGAACCUGGAGAAGAUCUACAGGGAGGUCCAGAUCAUGAAGAUGCUGGACCACCCACACAUCAUCAAGCUAUACCAGGUGAUGGAGACGAAGAACAUGCUGUACCUGGUGACCGAGUACGCCAAAAAUGGGGAGAUCUUCGACUACCUGGCCAAUCACGGGCGUCUGAAUGAGCCGGAGGCGCGGAGGAAGUUCUGGCAGAUCGUGUCGGCGGUGGAGUACUGCCACAACCGCCGCGUCGUCCACCGAGACCUCAAGGCCGAGAACCUGCUGCUGGACGGACACAUGAACAUCAAGAUAGCAGACUUUGGCUUUGGGAACUUCUUCCAGCCGGGUGAGCCAUUGGCUACGUGGUGUGGCAGCCCCCCGUAUGCCGCCCCAGAGGUGUUUGAAGGCCAGCAGUAUGAGGGACCACAGCUGGACAUCUGGAGUAUGGGGGUGGUGCUGUACGUGUUGGUGUGUGGCGCUCUUCCGUUUGACGGCCCCUCUCUCCCCGUGCUGAGGCAACGCGUGCUGGAAGGCCGGUUCCGAAUCCCCUACUUCAUGACCGAGGAGUGUGAGCACCUUAUUCGGCGCAUGCUGGUGCUGGACCCGUCCAAGCGCCUGUCGGUGGCCCAGAUUAAGGAGCACCGCUGGAUGGCGCUGGACGUGCCGGUGCAGCGGCCCGUUCUCUACCAGCAGGCGGCGACGGAGAGGGACCCCGGGGUGGGCGAGUACAGCGAACAGGUGCUGCGACUCAUGCACAGCCUCGGCAUCGACCAGCACAAGACCUUAGAGUCGCUCCAGAAUAAGAGUUAUAACCACUUUGCUGCUAUCUACUACCUGCUGGUGGAGCGUCUGAAGGCCCACCGCUGCAGUUUCCCCGUCGAGCAGCGACUCGACGCACGCCAGCGCCGCCCCAGCACCGUGGCCGAGCAGACCGUCGCCAAGGCGAGUAGCGGAGGUGCGUCUCAGGUGGGCAUGCGUCUUCUGCGCUCUCCGGUUCUCCCCCAGUCCUCCGCCGACUCCUUCUCUAUCCCACAAUCCCCCACGGCUGAGCACGGCCUCAUGGAGGAGGAGGUGGCAACGCCCAAAGUUAACGGCUGCCUGCUUGACCCCCUACCUCCUGUCGUCAUCCGUAAGUCCAGCACCUCAUCGCCUAGCAACAUGAUGGAGAUGUCUAUCGACGAGGGCAUCGAGACCGAGGAGCCGGACGCAGAGGAUGACCCCGCCCACGUCUUCAGCACCUAUCAGACGGCUCGCUUUGGGCAGCGGAGACACACCCUCUCAGAGGUCACCAACCCACCAGGAGCACUCAUGACAAGUGCAGGUAAGCUGUUCAGUAUGGGUCAGAACCCGUCGCUGGGCAGUGUGGACUCGGAGUAUGACAUGGGCUCCAUGCACAGUGACUUGGGCCUGCUGGAAGACACGCCCCCUCUGUCAGAGGCGGGGCUGGGCAACGCGUCAGUCACGCGGAUGACUCCGCCCUUCCUCGCCGGUCGCCCGGCCAACCCCACGAUGCAGGCGCUCAGCUCACAGCGCAGGGAGACACACAACCGCUCGCCAAUCAGCUUCAGGGAAGGCCGGCGUGCCUCCGACACCUCGCUCACUCAAGGUCUGGUAGCAUUCCGACAGCACCUGCAGAAUCUGGCGCGUACCAAAGGCAUCCUGGAGCUCAAUAAGGUGUACGAGCAGAUGGGCUCUGGAGAAGACCCCUCCCUGGGCCUCACACACCCACUAGACCCACAACAGCUGCUGGACCCCAUGCUGCAGGGGGACUCCCAUCACCAUGACGGCAUGGCCAUGUUCUCUGCUGGUGGCCAUCCUCCACUGUUGUCACGGAGACAGAGCCUGGAGACGCAGUACCUCACACACAGGAUGCAGAAGGCUAGCCUGCUAGUCAACAGCCCCAGUUGUCAGAUGUUUUGUAAAGAGACACCCCGGAGCCUGGAGCAACAGCUACAGGAACACAGGGUGCUGUCGUCCUCCGGCAGGUUGCAGCAGAAGCGGCUGUACCUGCACAAGCAGACGCAGCUGCAGGCCUACUUCAACCAGAUGCACAUCGUGGAGGGCGCCGGGGCCGGCCCCUACCCCCACCAACACCAACACCAACACCAACACCAGCCCCCGCUCAGCCUGCCCGACCCCCCCGGCGUGGCGGCCCCAGGCUCCAUAGCGCCCCCCGCAGGCCAUCCCCAGCACCAGCACCAGCACCAGCAGCCCCCCCAGCCCCUGCCCCAGUUCGGCCGCACCCAGACGCUCGGCCCCCUCAUGAGCCCCGGCCUGGAGCCUAUGCCCUUUGACCCCUACCUGGGCCACUACCCCCACCUGCAUCCCCACUCCAUGCCCCCCCACCCCGAUGCCCUGAGCUACGGCUACCCCCCCGGCUGCGAACAGGGCCCCGUGCCCCUGGGCGAGCCCCUGUACCAGGAGCAGUACGAGUACCCUCUGGAGCCCGGGCAGCCCCCCCCGCCCCCUCCCCCACUCGGGCCCCCUGGACCAGGAGCGGCAGGAGCAGGUCAGUCGGGGGGAGUGGCGGCAGCGGCGUACGAGGGCUUGACCCUUCAAGGCGACGCCUUCCUGGACGGCGAGAUGAUGGAGACGGUGGACGCGCAGCACGGCUUCGUGCUGGUCAACUGAGCCCUGGACGCUCGCCAGCGGACGCCGGGACGCCUACUAACUAACAGUGUUACUGUGGCAACGGGGUGUUUUUGUGCGUCCUGGGGAGGCCCGCGGAGCCUGACCAAGGGAUGGACGAUUUUAUAUUGAGAAUUACCUAUUGACUGACACAAACAGUAACACUACUCUUGUGAUCGUGCUGAAGCUAAGGACUCCAAUACUAUCUUGUGUUGUUGGUUUUUUUUGACACCACAGUCCACCCUCCUACCUCCCGAAGUCCCCCACUGCCUGGUACAGCUAUGGCCACUCCCGUGUGUGUGUGUGUGUGUGUGUGCACGUGUGUGUGUGUAUAUGUGUGUGUAUGUGUGUGUGUGUGUGUGUGUGUGUACGUGUACCCUGCUUAAGCACACCACACGUGUACGAAUACCCCAUUAAACGCUCACACACACUCACACACACACACACACACACACACACACACACACAUGGUUGCGUGUACACACACCCAUACAGGAGGAAUGAACUGAGCUGUGUGUGUGUGUGUGCGUGUGUGUGUGUAGCAGCCAGCGGAGGGGCCAGCGGAGUGUGUGUGUUGACGUGGCCGGAGCUCAAAGCUGGCAGGCAGAAGCAGCACACACACACACUUUUCAGUCAUAUAGGAACAUACACACCCCCAACCUCAGGCCUGUGCAGCAAGCACCUUCGGUGCACACACAAUACGGCAUCAGAGAAAAAAGCUGGGCUACAUAACCCCAAGCAGUGGUGGUGCAUUACUUUCAGUGUGUUUGUGUGUGUGUAUGUGUGUGUGUGUGUGUGUGUGUGUGUGUGUGUGUGUGAAAGGGCGUGCGUGUGUGACAAAAUUGAAGCAAUAUAUUGAUCAGAGUCUGCGAGAAGCCAUAAGAUGUGUCCACUGCAGUGAGCUACUGAACAUCACUGCAGCCUGUCCUGUGGUGAUGAUGAGAGCUGUCGAGCGUCAGUGCGGCCUGUCGGUCGUCACGUGCUCUGUUGAACGUCACUCACGGUCUGUCCUGUCCUGUGAUGAUCGCUGCUGGAGAAUCACCGCCGUCUGUCAGUCGCAUUCUGCUCUGCUGAACAUCACUGCAGCCUGGUUGAGUGUUGCACUCUGGGGGCUGGAGGCUGGUGUCCUGUGGGAUCCAGUGGAGAGGAGCGCUCCACCCCCCCCUAGCCCCCCCCCCCACCACCACCUCCCACCACCCACCCCAUAUUACACUGGAAACCCUCACCACAACCUUCCCACAACUCCCACCAUCUACUAAUCUCCUGCGUCUCCAGCAUCAGUGCGUACGACACGUAGCCCCAUCUCACCUGUCCACCACUACCCCCUCCUCCCCCCAAACCAACCCCCCCCCCCUGCAGUACUCUAAUAAUCUACUUGAAACCUGCAGAGGAUCUCGGAGACAUACGGCGCUACGUUACCGGACAAGCAGGCCUGGACACUUGGACUGAGCGGACACAUGACUCCUCAGCAGAGGCCAGACUGUAGAAUCUAUAUGUGUGUGUGUGUGUGUGUGUGUGUGUGUGUGUGUGUGUGUGUGUAUGUUUGUGUGUGUGCCUGCGUGCGUGUGUACACGUGUGUGUGCGUGUGACGUUUUCUUAGUAAGAGAAUUUACUGGAGCACUUUUUUCCCCAGGAAGUGAAAAGGAAAGGUGUGUGUGUGUGUGUGUGUGUGGAGGUGAAUGUAAUGUAGUGGGGAGAGCAAGAGACACGUUCCCGCUACUGGUCCAGGAGGCUGAUGACCAGUACUGCGGACUGCUCCCAGCCGGACUCUCCCAAUAACAGACUCGAGCUGGCGGGUCCACAGGACACCUUCAUGUGGUUGUUUCACAUGCUUUAUUUCAAAAAGUCAAAUGAUAUUAGGAGUUUAGAGAUUUUUGAAAAGUGGUUUGAAGAUGCAACCAAUAUUCUGUUAAAUGUGAUAGUGUUCAUUGUGCCUUCUCUGUCUCUCCUCUGUUUCUUUCUAAAUUAAGAUUUGAAGAACUAUAUUUUUCAGUUUGAUUCCUCUUUCGUUUUUAAUGUUGGAAUUCCUACAGAUCAUGUGUGAGUCGACCCAGGUUUUUUUCCAGAGGUACAAAACCAAAGUCCCCUCCGAAGUCGGUCCAGACAGCGCCACCAUGUGGGGCUCUGGCUUAUUGGUUAGCUUUUCGACAGUGUAUUUUUUUGUUGUUGUUGUCGUUGUUGUUGUUGUUUUGGUCAAUCAGUAUAUGCCGUUGAAAAGUAUUAUAGCAAUAUUUCUUGAAUACUAGUUCUAAUGAAUAUGAGAAUAGUGAAUGUGUCACAGAACCCUAAUCACAUCCUUGCUGGCAAACACCAUUCAGUUCGACAUCCACCUUGACAUUUAUCCUCCCCCAUGUUGACCACACAUAAGCUAACUUGCUGUAGAGAUUAAAAACUGAAAAGAUUUAUUGAUCA